AUGGCAGCCAAUACUCCUCUUCAUGUCCCUAAAAUCAUCUCCAAACUUCUAACAGAAAUAUCUAUGAUCAAUGAUGUUUCUGAAAAAACAUCAAAAGUUAGUCAUCAUGUUCGUCUGUUAGAAGACGAGAUGAGCAAGAUCGAUGAUUUUAAACAUGAACUACCUCACUGCAUGCUUUUUUUAAACGAUGCUUGUGAGAGAUUGAAGAAGGAGAUGACGCAGCAUAGAGAAAGGGAUGUUCCGCCCGUACUGAUAGAGUUCCUACCAUUAAAGGGUAAUUUGGAUGAAGAUCGAGAGGCGAAAAUGUCAAACGAUUGCAGUGACAAGAAUAAUGUUAUCUGUCAAGAAUCUGAUAUCAAUACCCAAGAUCCGAAAAUGGACUUGAGACUGGACUUGAGAUCGAAAGAUAAAGAAGAUGGUGGUUCAUCAAGGAGCAAUGAAGGGUCAUUUGUGCCUUUUAAUAGACAAUCCGAAUUGGGUUUCACUGAUGAGAAUUCGGAUAUAAACGCUCAAACUAGCUGUGUUUUGGCAUUGGAGGCAACGCAGAAUUAUAUGUCACAGAACCAACCCCAAAAACAACAACCGAAGAAGCAAAGGCGUUGA